AUGAUGCAACCAAACUAUAGAACUAAUCCAGACACCUGUAAAGAACAGUAUUCGAAAUUAAGAAAUUUCAUUGAAAAUUCUUUAGAUAAAUUCAAGGUUCAAAAAGUUCAAAAAGGUGAACUACAAAAAGUCCUUUGGCCUCUUUUUGUACAUUUUUAUCUUGAUGUUGUUUCAAAAGGAUUUUUAAAUCAAGCAAUGGAUUUUUUCAAUAUUUAUCAGCUGGAUCAUGAAAUACAUUUGAAUGAAAUAAACAAGAUGAAAUUUAUAACACAACCACAACAUAUUCAAGAAAAUGAAUUUGUUCAAAACUUUCGUUCAAAGAAAUAUACUGUUCCGAUGUCUAAAAUUUCAUACGAGAUAUUAAUUCAUUUUUUACAAGACAACACUUUUCUAUUAACAAUGGUAAAUCAAUACAUUAAUAUUGAAGUGGUAGAAGAUAUUGGCCCAUCACAUACAGAUAUUGGGAUCCCUGGCUUUUCAUCACAAGAAUUAGAAGAUUUUAAUAAGCAGGAGCUUCAGUUAGGAUUCAUGCCAAUGGAACCAGCAUUUCGUGAUGAGGUUGAAAAAAGAUUAAAGGAAGGGGAUGAACAUCAAAGGACUCAGAUUGGAAAUGAGAUUAAUGGUCUUACAAACUCUGCACCUUCACUAUAUCAAGAAUUUUUGAAUAAAAAAAUCAAAAGAGAACAAACUAUUGACUCACUGCCUAGAUCAUCAAUUCCAUUACCACCAUAUAAGGGAGCUGAUGUACAAGCACAAGUUGAUCUUGUGAGAGAUUUGACACAUCGAAUAAGUUUAGGUCCUGCAAGUCUUCCCUCUGUAUGUUUUUAUACAUUUUACAAUACAUAUAAUAGUCUUAAUUGUUUAUCCAUAUCUGAAGAUGCAACCCUUAUAGCUGGAGGUUUUGCAGAAUCUUAUGUCAAUAUAUGGAGUUUAAAACGCGAAAAAUUAAGAGGAUUUCAAGGUCAUGUUAAUACAUCUGAAGUGAAUAAUUUUGACCUUGAAAAUGCCAAAGAAAAAAUAGGAAGUGAUUGCAAGAAACUUUGUGGACAUUCUGGUCCGAUAUUUGGACUAAGUUUUAGUCCAGACAAUAAAUACUUACUUAGUUGCUCAGAAGAUAGCACAGCUCGACUUUGGAGUACAGAUCUUUAUACAAAUCUUGUAUGUUAUAGAGGUCAUAACUUACCUAUUUGGGACAUACAGUUUAGUCCUUAUGGGUUCUAUUUUGUUACUGCAUCUAAUGAUAGAACUGCUAGACUUUGGAGUUGUGAUCAUAUUUAUGCUUUAAGAAUUUUUGCUGGACAUAUAUCAGACGUAGACACUGUUAAAUUUCAUCCAAAUUCAAAAUAUAUCUUUACGGGAUCUAAUGAUAAGUCAAUUCGUAUGUGGGACGUCAGUAGUGGAUCUUGUUUUAGAAUUUUUUCUGGCCACACUGGAGGAGUUACAUGUUUAGCUGUAUCUGACGAUGGUCGAUUGUUAGCUUCUUCUGGUGAUGAUAAAUCGGUGAUGUUAUGGGAUAUUGGAAGCGGAAAAUGUUUUAAAAAAUUAAUUGGACAUACAGAAAUUGUUUAUUCUUUAGAUUUUAGUAAGGAAAGUAGUAUUUUAGUUUCUGGUAGUGCAGAUAAAACUGUUCGUAUUUGGGAUGUUCGAAAAAAUGAUUCUGUUGAUGGUGAUCAUUCAUCAUCAUCACCAACGACAACAAAAAAUAAUGUUGAGGAUGUAAACAAUAUUCCUUUUCUGAAUAGAAAACCUAAAGUAACUAAUGUAAAAGCAUCAAAGGAUUUAUUAACUACAUUAUAUACUAAAAAUACACCAGUUUACGAAAUUAAAUUUACAAGAAGAAAUUUAUGUCUUGCCACUGGUGCUUAUAAGCCAACAGCCGAGGAUCAAAAACAAAAAAAAAGUUAA